GGAAAAAAGCUAUUCAUGGGCCGGCCAUUUGACGGUAAAGCCGAAUCUUUGUGGGCUAGAUCGGCCGCUGAAGCCCAACUUUCCGGUCCAUCAGGAGAAGCGAGGGGCAAAAAUGAAGGUAAGGAAAAUCUCCAACUCCGACAGGUCCAAAACCCAAAGCCCCAGCCAGCCAUGCCGACCGGCGUGGCCACCCCCGUCCCCUACCCCAAGCCCCCGCAAUCCCCUCCCCUCCUCCACCGCAGCCGCCACCACUGCUCCGGCCACCGCCUCCUCCUCGCCACCUCCUCCCCCUUCCGCCCAGAUUCCCCACCCCUCGCCUGCCCCAGGCGCAAGCGCGGCUCCGUCGUCGCCGCCAUCCAUGCCUCCUCCGACCCCGCCCUCUAUUCCUUCCCCUCCUCCCCGACCCCGCCUCCGCGCCCGCCCCCGGCCCCUCCGGAGCCCCCCUCCACCGUGGCCCGCGCCGGCCGCAGCAAGAAGAAGCCCGCCGGCGGCCGCAUCGAGGGCGGCGGCGACGUGCGGCGCGAGGCCAAGUCCCGGGCCAAGCGCCGCAGCCGCCGCCUCUCCGAGAACGCCUUCUACCGCCGCAAGCGCCGCGCCGCCUCGGGGCAGGCCGACGCCUUCACCGACGAGGAGCUCGAGAUGAUCGGCCUCGGCUACGACCGCUCCGUCCGCUUCAUGGACGGGCCCGACGACCCGCGCCUUCGCCACCCGCACGACUGGUACAGGUUCGGCGCCUUCGGGCCCUACUCCUGGCGCGGCAUCGUCGUGGGCCCGCCCAUCCGCGGCCGCUUCUCCGACGACCGCGUCUCCCUCAUGUCCGAGGUGGCCGACCACGACGAAUGGGACCGCAACCAGCAGUUCGAGAUGUCCAACCAAUUCUCCCAGCGUCUCAACGAGCUCGAUGACGCCGUCGGCUUCCGGUACUACUGGGUCUUCGUGCGGCACCCUAGGUGGCGCCCCGACGAGCCACCAUGGCAGCAGUGGACGCUCUCGGCCGAGGUCGCCGUCCAGGCCAGCAAGGACCAGCGGCUGGAUAAGUGGAGCCUCAUGGGCCGAUUUGGUAACUCGACACGCGAGCUGAUCACGCGCUGCGCGGCCUGGACGCGCCCUGACAUCCUUUACGUCAAGCGGCCGCUAUACCAGUCGAGGUUCGAGCCUCAAGAGGAAUUCUUCAGCCGGCUUCGCCCGUUGGUUGAUCCCUCAACCGAGAACCAGUUCUUGUUUGACCUUGAGCAGGAUGGCAGGGUCAUUCGAACGACCUACUUCGGUGGGCUUUGCAGGAUUGUGAAGGCAAACCCAAAGUCUUAUGUGGAUGAUGUUGUAAAUGCAUACUCGAAGCUGAGUGAGGCGGACCAGUCACGCUGUCUGGAGUUCUUACUCACAAACCAUCCCAUGGAGCUACUCCACCCAUACACCAAGGAGUGGAAAGUGAAGCUAGAGGAGAUGGAGCUUGGGUGUGAUGCGCCUGAUGAGAGUGACGAUGAGGGUGGUGAUGAGACUGGAAGUGAGGUUAUUGAUUGGGUUGAGGAUGAAGAGGUUGAUAUGAUUGAUGAUACUGAAGAUGAUGUAGACAACGAUUACGAGGAUGAGGAAGUGGUUGAUGUCAGUGAAGAGGUGGAAGCAGAUGAAAUAAUAGAAAGUAGUGAGGAGAAUGAGGACUACUGGGACGAGCAAUGGGAUAAAGCGAUGAAAAGUUCUGAUAAGAUGGAGAAACUGAUCAAGACCAGGGUUGAGAAAUCAUAUGAGUAUAAUAAGCGGCAAAUGCAACAGCAGAAAGAUAUGGAAUCAGAAAUGGCCACUUCAAACACAAUGAUUAUGGAGCAGGAGCAGACCAAGGAGGAUGAGAUGAAGCUGGUGCAGCAGGAAAGUGCAAGGAGCAGAAGUGCGUUGGUCAGAGUGAAGCGCGAGCCACCUCCAGGCCUCUUCCUGAGGGCAGCCGUCCGGCCUUUCACUUACAGGAAUCUUGUCAAAGAAAUUGUUCUGAUGAGACACCAAAUUAUUGAGGGAGAGAUAGUUUAGCUUCAAAAUUUCAGCAACUGGAGAAUUGCAGAGGCUGCGCAAACAAGGUUCUGAAGAAGCAACUUCCCUGAUUAUUUACAAUAUUUAGCCAUAUUUAGGGGGAGGGGUGUUGAUCUUCUUUGCAGUUCUGACCCUAGGGAAUACACAAUCAUGUAAUUCUUGCCCUGCAAAAGUUUUUAAUGAAAUUUGAGAUUUGAAGCUAA